AGGGGAUGGGUUGGAGGGGGGGUGAGACCCAAUCCAAGUGACCCAACACACAGGACAGCCGUCAGCAUGUCUGUGGGAGUGUGUUCUUUAGUAACCCUGCGGUAUGUGUCAGGCUUGCGGUGUUUGAGGACAGCAGUGUCCCAGCGGCCUUUGCACACCUGUUCCGCAGCUCUGGGCAUCGCCAAGCUCCCUGCAGGCAGCCACACAAUACCGGACAGCAGGGCACAGGUGGAGACCUCGACAGUGGAGUGGCACUAUGUGGAGCGGCUGUUCCCUCAAAAGUCCAUCCCUAAACCCACUGUUUCCCCAGGUGAGGUGACGCCUUCUGGAUGGGUGGCACCGUCUGCCAAACCUGGAGACCAUCCUUACUUCAUCCGCCGCAGCCAAAGCCACAUGCUUCCUGUCUACCUCCAUAAUGUGCCCCACAUGUCCAAGUACCGAACAUUUGUGCACCAUGUUGAAGGAGACAUAUUUGCCCUUCUGGAGGAGCUGCAGGAGUACCUUAAGGACCGAAAGCACACCAGGAUCCUGAACAUGAGAGCACAUGAACCCCACCAGAAGAUAGAGAUUAAGGGACAGUAUGUGGCAGAAGUGAGGGAGUUCUUGCUGAAGAAAGGAUUUUAAGAGCUGAGGGAUACUCUCUCCCUCUCUUUCUCUGUAUUUCUCUUUCUGCCGUACUUGAUUUUUUUACUUUCUAUAAGAUACCAGUCUUGUUCUUUCUUUUCUUUCUUCCUCUCAUCAUGUCUCCUUUGUUUUUCCAUUUCUUAUUUUUUCCCUUCCAUCUCCUUUGUUUUUCCAUUUCUUAUUUUCUUUCCCUUCCUCCUCCAUUUAUUUCCUCCUAUUGUCUUCUUUAUUUUCCUUCAUUCUUACAUUUAUUUGUUUUAUGCUAAUUUUUAUCUGAAUUUCUUAAGUUUCCUGUCUAUUUUUCUUUUCCUUCUUUUUUUUUCUUCUCUUUUGAAGGUUCUUGUCUUUCAUUCCUCCUACUCUCUCUGUUUUAUCUUGGUAUUAUUUGAUCUCAUUCUGCUUAUACUUUCCUUUACCUUUGCCUUUUAUUCUUUUAUUUCUCUGUUACUCCAUCAUCUCUCUCUUCCUUGGUCUUCUGACUGCUGCUCUGGUCCUUCCUCUUCCAUCAUUUCAUCUACCACAGCCCACCAGCACCACUACUUCCAUUAAUGUGCUUUACGAGGAGACAGGAGGGGCAAAAGGAGAAUCACCACCAGAAUUGUCACCGUCAGUCUCCUUCACCAAAAGGAGAAUCACCACCAGAAUUGUCAACGUCAGUCUCCUUCACCUUGUCACUGGCAAGUGUGAUGACUUCUUUACCACUAAAUAUUCACAGAACUAAA